AUGCCACAUUCAGUGUCUUCAAACGACUCUGCGCCUCGUGAUGGCGAUGAGGAAAUGCUGCCAGAUGCUCCGCCAGCAGCUGAAAACGUAGAUACAGCAGAGGGACAAUCCUCCGAAACCAACGACAACAAGACGGAAGGAAACGUGAAACUCGAGGACUUAUUCGCCGAAGAUGAUGAUGACGAUGAAUUUCCAGCAUCCAGCACGGUAGAUGUCAAGAUGGCGAGCUCGCCGCCUCCAGUGCAAGCAGCUCCCGUUAAAGCUCAUUCCGGAAUCGAUGAAGAGACCAUGCUUGCUUUCUACCAGCGCCUAUUUCCGUUUAGACACAUGUUCCAAUGGCUAAAUCAUGGAAUCAUGCCAUCUCCCGAUAUGACCAACAGAGAAUUCGCGGUGUUCCUUCAAAAUGAAGCUGUUCUCCGAUAUCAGUCAUACGCAACCGCAGAGCUCUUCCGCAAGGAAAUUCUCAGAUUAAACCCCACUCGUUUCGAAAUUGGGCCAGUAUAUAGCACAAACCCACGAGAUCGCAAAAGCCGACCUGGCAUACAAAUGAAACCGGUGGCCAAAGAACUAGUUUUUGAUAUUGAUAUGACAGAUUAUGAUGACGUGCGAACAUGCUGCUCGAAAGCUGAAAUUUGUCACAAGUGCUGGGCCUUUAUUACCAUGGCAAUCAAAGUCAUUGAUAAUGCGCUACGAGAGGACUUUGGCUUUGAGCAUAUCCUAUGGGUAUAUUCAGGUCGUCGUGGUGCCCACGCCUGGGUAGGUGAUCUGAAAGCCCGCCAGCUUUCAGAUGAUAGGCGAAAAGCCCUCGCAGGCUAUUUGGAAGUAGUCAAGGGUAACGACAAAAGUGGAAAACGUGUGAACGUGAGGCGACCAUUACAUCCUCACCUUGCUCGAAGCAUCAAGCUUCUCGAGCCCCACUUUAACCAAACGACGCUUAUCGACCAAGACAUUUUCGUUGGAGAGCAACAAGCGGAGCGUAUACUGUCCCUAAUUCCAGACAAGAAACUCGCCGACGCACUACGAAGAAAAUGGGACUCAAUGCCGGACCGAGCUAGCACUAGUAAAUGGAAUGACAUUGUCACGCUUGCCAAAACGAUAUCCGGACUAGAUGCGAAAGCACUCAAAGACGCACGAAUAGACAUUGUGCUCGAAUACACGUACCCACGACUAGAUGCCGAAGUCAGCAAGAAAAUGAUUCACUUGCUAAAAAGCCCGUUCGUUGUUCACCCUGGUACAGGACGGAUUUGUGUUCCUAUCGAUGGGCGUGCUAUCGAAGAGUUUGAUCCACUCGCUGUUCCCACUGUGACUGAGUUGCUCAAUGAGAUUGAUGAAUAUGACGCCAAAAACCCAGAGGGACCAGUUCCUUCAGCUUCAGAUCCCGCGGCCGAAGUAGGCAGUGUUCCCGAUAGAAGGAUGCAAGACUACGAAAAGACGCGACUUAAGCCGUACGUUGAUUACUUCCGAUCUUUCGUUGCCAACCUCAUACAAGAUGAGCGAUCUGGCAAACGAGAACGUGGCGAAGAGCCAACCACUAAGACUACAACAACAACUGAUGCAAUGGAGUUUUGA